GGGAUUUACACAUUUCUCGCAACAUUUGCUGUCGCACUCACAUUUGGUGCGCUUCUGCUGCCGAAAAUCCACGUCCUUCCUUUGGAGUCGGAGUGGAUGUGCGACAUUAGAAAGUCCCUCCGAUAGUUGACACGGAUCAUGAGGGUUUAAAACGCACCGCUGAACAGCUCUGUCUGUCUUGGGGGAAACCAUGGGAUCUCAGCGACUAUGGAGCGUGUUAUGUGUGAUGGCGGUGUGCUAUCAGACGGGGAUGUCAAGCAGAUACGGCUGUCUGUUUGAGAAGAAGCUCUGCCCCAGAGACCAACCAUGCUCAGAUGAUGGGCUGUUUGGCCAAUGUCUGCUGCCCCAGCAGGAGAUGGUUCUGUAUGAGGUGUCAGUGCCUGUGCUGCACAGACUACAGGAGGUGCUCAAGGAACUGAUGAUGCAAGGAUUGUCCUGGCAGGAUGACAUCACCCAGUACGUCAUUCGCAAGGAGCUGAGCCGUGUUUCACUGACCCGCCCCCUGUCUGGACGUCAUGACAACCCCUCGUCUCAGUCCUCAGAACCUGUGCAGAAUGCCCAUCUUUCCAAGAUGCAGUAUCCUCCCAACUCCAGGACCAAGGCUCAAGGGGACGAUCCCAACCCAGACCUGAUGCAGAGUUACCUGGACUACAUGAUCGUGGAUCCCCCCAAGGCCUCCCAGUCCCUCGACAUGCAAACUCUGGACCCUUACACCUACCGCCAGCAGUAUGGUUACCAAGACGAUGAGGAGCGCUCUCUUAAUUCUCUGGAGGGUGGUGGUUUCCCCCGCCCUUCUACUCACGCCGGGGGUAAAGGGUCCCGCCCCCAGGACCGAGACCGCCAGGUGCUCCAGGACCUGGUCUCCCUGUACCUCUCCUCCCCCGCCCAGCCGGCCUCCCGCCACCGUGGGGCAGCAACACCGAUCUCUACCUCUCCCUUGUACCAGGACCUGGACUUCCCUCUGGACUACGCAGAGGACUACGUUUCCCAGCAGGACGUGGAGGUCCGCAAGCAGCAGCAGCUGGAUCAAACGCAGAGGAAAGCUCAGAAGGACUACGGAUCGCUAGCUGGAUUGGAUGAUGACUCCCUGCAGAAAGUGGCUCUGCUCCUGGACCACUAUGGCAUUGAUAUGAAGGACUUAACCCCUCCACAGCUGGCCAACCUGCCUGCAGCACUGAAACAGCUGCAGAUGGAGAGUGCUACUGACUUGGGCACCGACACAGCAGACAAAUACCGGAACAGUGCUGCCCCACGUAAGAAGAUCACUGAAGGGGCCAUGACACACAAGGUGGACAAAUCUCCCGUGCUAGGUGCCCCCACCUCCCUUCCUGCCCCGCCCCCUGGGCCCCAAGCCUCCCCAGAUCACCCUCCCACCAUGGGGGCCCCUCCUGUCACAGAGGGAGCCAGUGUAAAGGAGCCAGGGGCCCCGGUGGAAACAAAGAUGCAGGGGAAGAAAGAACCACCAGGAGGGACCACACAUGUGAAGGAGGAAUACGGCUACAUCGUCACCAACCAAAGCCCCCUCAGUCUGUACGACGGGGUGCGUCUGCUGGGGCUCCUGGCUGAGAGGAUCCCACUCUCCACUGGCUCUUUCAUCAACAUCAGUGUGGUGGGCCCUGCCCUGACAUUCCGUGUUCGCCCCAACAGCCAGAACCUGAGUGCUGAAGACGUGGCAGAGAAAGCCGUUGCAGAGAAGAACUUUCUGGAGUCUGAAACUGCUCUGAAGAUCCUGCAGACAGGUGUCGGUGAGAGAACUGAUGGGCGGGGCUUACCUCAGGCCACCCGGGUCCGAGAUGGCUCCCGUUGGGUGUUCAUGACCAUGGUGGGCGUGGCCUGUGUUGGCGGGAUCCUGGUGGCGACAAUGACCAUCGUCUGCCUGCGUCGCCACACCAACCGCCUGGCGUCUGAGAAGCUAGGCCUGGGCCCAGAGGGAGGCAGCGUUACACACCAGGAGUACCAGGACCUGUGUCGUCAGCACAUGGGAUCCAGGGGACUCUUCGAGCGUCAGGAGGGGGCAGGAGCUGCGGGGGGCGGUGGGGGUGGUGGAGGAGGAGGAGGUGGUGGAGGAGGAGGAGGUGGUGGAGGAGGAGGAGGUGGUGGUGGUGGUGGUGGAGGAGGAGGAGGUACGGACACGUCCAGGGUGAGCAGUGUGUCGUCCCAGUUCAGUGAUGCGCCCCAGCCCAGCGACGCGCCCCAGCCCAGCCCGAGCUCCCACAGCAGCACCUCUUCCUGGUGCGAGGAACCAGCGCAGACCAACAUGGACAUCUCCACCGGUCAUAUGAUCCUGGCUUACAUGGAGGACCACCUGAAGAACAAGGACCGUCUGCUGAAGGAGUGGGAGGCCCUGUGUUCCUACCAGGCUGAACCCAGCACCAUGUCUGUGGCACAGAGUGACACCAACCUGAAGAAGAACCGCUGCCCUGACUCUGUGCCCUAUGAUCACUCCAGGGUGAAGAUGAAGGCGGAGAACAACCCCUCCAGGACUGACUACAUCAACGCCAGCACCAUAAUUGAGCAUGACCCCCGGAUGCCAACGUACAUCGCCACCCAAGGACCCCUGUCUCACACCAUCGCCGACUUCUGGCAGAUGGUUUGGGAGAAUGGCUGCACGGUGAUAGUGAUGAUGACAGCCCUGGUUGAGGACGGAGAGAAACAGUGUGAUCGCUACUGGCCUGACGAGGGAUCCUCCCUAUACCACAUCUAUGAGGUGAACCUGGUUUCGGAGCACAUCUGGUGCAAUGACUUCCUGGUUCGUAGUUUCUACCUGAAGAACGUUCAGACCCAGGAGACCCGCACACUCACCCAGUUCCACUUCCUCAGCUGGCCUGCCCAGGGUAUCCCCACCUCCACACGCACCCUACUGGACUUCCGCAGAAAGGUGAAUAAGUGCUACAGAGGCAGAUCUUGUCCGAUCAUUGUACACUGCAGUGAUGGUACAGGCCGGACUGGCACCUACAUCCUGAUUGACAUGGUUCUGAACCGCAUGGCCAAGGGAGUGAAGGAGAUUGACAUUGCUGCUACCCUGGAACACGUCCGUGACCAGAGACCAGGGAUGGUGCGCACCAAGGAGCAGUUUGAGUUUGCCCUGACCGCUGUGGCGGAGGAGGUGAAUGCCAUCCUGAAAGCCCUGCCCCAGUGAAACCAACUCGAUCCAGACCUGCCUACCUGCCUGUACCACAGACCCCCCCCCCCCACUCAAUGAUCCUUCCCUUGCGCCAUGGAAUUAUAUCUGCAAUCAUCAACUGUGUCUUACCUCACCUUUUCUCUACAAUAUGGUGUAGAAUGACCAAGCUGUCCUUUGUGCUUUCUCUCCUGUUUGAAUGAUGCCUUUGAUUUCUUGCUAUUCUCUGUGGUGGUGAUGAGGAAGAGGGUGUUUCUGUCCUCUGACAGAGUUCCCUUGUGAACAGUGUCCAGGUUAUUGGGGUGAGCUGAGAUGGCUUAUUGUUCUCUCAAAGGUAGAUAGAAAUCAUAAUAUUUUAACGUUUUACAUCAAAGAACUAUGUCCUUUUCAGAGUGUCGUCACAAAGGUUUCGGCUGUGGUUGGUGAAUGAGGAUGGAUGUGAGUCAAGAAGGCUUGCCAGCUGUCACUCUCUGAUUCUCCCUGCUCCUCAGAGCGUAUUUGUUUACAAUUGACCCAAAUCUCAAACCCUGCUCAUUCACAUUCCAUGUUCUCGUGUUUUACUAACUCUCUAGGUAAAAUGACUAACCCAUACUUCCCUCUUCUCUUCCUGUGCCAUAUAGAUUGUUGUAAAUGAUUUGUUCAAUUAUUGUUGUUUACCUCAAGCAAACCAGAAAAAAAUAAACAAAAAAUGUUAAAAUAUGAAAAAUGCCUAUUUUGUAACUUUGUGUGGUAACUAAUAAACGUUGAUGUGUGUGUUGCAAA